AUGACUAACGAUGUCUCCCAGCUGCACACGUCAGACAAGUACACUGGUAAGGAUCAGGUUGUUGUUGGUAAUGGUGCCUCUCUUCCUAUCUCCCACAUCGGUACCGCCUCUCCUCUCCCUUCUCUUCCUUUAAAAGAUAUACUAGUCGUGCCUGGCUUAACCAAAAAUUUGAUCUCCAUCAGCAAACUUACUGCUGAUUUUCCCUUCUCCAUCACAUUCACUAAUGAUUACUUUGUUAUACUGAACCAAGUCACAAGAGAGGUGGUGGCAACCGGGCGACGUGACAAUGGCCUCUAUGUGCUCAAGCGCGGACAUACCUCUUUAAUUUCUGCUCUUUCCAAAAAAUAG